AAGGCUGGCCGCCAUGUUAGCCCUGCCUCUGUGCCAUGUGGCCAACUCACUAAUAGAUGGCAGCAACGCGCCUGGAGAGUCGGCACUAAAUUCAGCCGAAGAAGAAGAGCGGAGACGGGCUGUUUUGAAUCCGCCAGGCAGCCGCUCUGUUGCAUGUUUCAAAUACUUCCUCCAGGAAACGUCAGCGAGGAGCAGAUAAAGCGGUAAACAUCAGUUAUUAAAACCAGCAGCGCGGUCACGCACAGUCACGCAAAGAAGUUACAGGUGGCGUUGGAGUUUGCUCGGGAACUUGUGUUGACUGAUGGUAACCCGCUAAGCUAACGCUAGCUAGCUCCUGGAAAAUGCCGAAUUUUUGCGCGGCUCCAAACUGCACAAGGAAGAGCACACAGUCUGAUCUGGCGUUUUUUCGGUUUCCACGGGACCCGGAGAGAUGUCGAAUCUGGGUAGAGAACUGCCGCAGGGCAGAUCUAGAGGCAAAAACAUCAGACCAACUAAACAAGCACUACAGGUUAUGUGCCAAACACUUUGACCCAGCAAUGGUGUGCAAAACGAGCCCCUAUAGGACAGUAUUGAAGGAUACAGCCAUUCCAACCAUAUUUGAUCUGACAAGCCACCUGAAAAAUCCUCAUACCCGACAUCGCAAGCGGAUUAAAGAACUAACUGAAGAAGACAUACGGAAGAUUAAAGAAAGACGAUUGGCAUCAUCUAUAGAACAGCUGAUUUCAAAAAAGGAUGCAGUGGUUGAGGACGGCAGCAACAAUGUGAUUGAACCGCAGCUCUCUCCAGAGGAAAAGGAGUUCCGUGAUUACCUGAGAUCCUUGUUCGAGGUUGUGGUCAUGCUGGGAAAACAGAACAUUCCCUCGCUGAUUGGCAAAACAUCUGAUGGAGAACACGACUGCAGCAACUUCCAGGCCCUCUUAGAUUACCGCAUGAAUGCUGGAGAUGAGGCCUUGAAGAAGCGGUUUGAGGCAACAGCUGUGAACACAGAAUUCCUCUCUGCGGUCCAGCAGAACCAGCUUCUGGACAUUUGUGAAAACACAGUGAGAGAGGAGAUACUCAUGGAGGUCAGGGAGAGUCGCUUUUUCUCCCUAGUCACCGGUGACCCUGUUGAAAUGGCCAAUGAGAAACUCCUGCCUCUAUUCUUGCGCUUUGUGAAUCAGCACAACAUCCUUCGGGAGGAAUUUUUGGACUUUGUGUCAUUUGAUGGUGAUGAAUCUUCCCUGGUAGAGAGGCUCGAGGCCCAGCUGACUGACCGUUGGGGGCUGAGCAUGGAGGACUGCCGUGGACAGGCCCACAAGGCCACGGGAACCUCCACCACCAAGAUGAAAGCUGUGGCAGUAAUGCUGAUGGAGAAGUAUCCGCUGGCAUUACACAUGCCAUGCUCCACCAUUGCACUGAACAUCCACCUCGCCAACAGUCUACCUUUCCCCAAUGUCCAGAUUGUCAUGGAAACCCUAAGGAGGAUGGAUGCUUUCUUUAGGACACCAUCCACCCUGAGUGAGCUCCAGAAAUCUAUCUGCAUUUAUUACCGGGGAAAUGAGGAGCGAGCAGCCGCACUGAAGCAAGCCUGUAGCUCGCACUGGACAGAGCAGCACAAUGUCUUUGACUUGCUUCUGGAUAUGCUGGAAUCCAUCGUGCUGUGCAUGGACAGCAUCCGGGACAAUGAAAAUGCCAGGUUUACUGAUUCUGUUGUCACAGAUGCCUACUCAAUUACAGAAACCCUGGCUGACUUUGAGAUUAUUGUCACCAUCGUCAUCUUAAAGAAUGCCCUGUCUUUCACCAGAGCCUUUGGCAGGAAUCUCCAAGGAGAGACUCUUGAUGUGUUUUUUGCCGCCAACAGCCUAACUGCUGUCCUGCAUUCACUGAAUGAGGUCAUUGAUAACAUUGAUGUCUACCAUGAAUUCUGGUAUGAGGAGGCUGUGAAUCUUGCAGCUUUAAUGGAGAUUCCUGUGAAAAUACCACGGCUGUUUCUUCGGAAACAGCGUGCAGCUGAUGUGGGUGAAAUCCAAUCAGAGGCGUAUUUUAAAGAGUACGUGACUAUCCCUGUGAUCCGUGGCAUCAUCCAAGAGGUGGAGGAUAUAUUCUCAGAGACCAACCUCAAAGCACUGAAAUGCCUGUCUUUGGUCCCUGCUGUCAUGGGUCAGAUGAAGUUCAACACAUCCGAGGAGAACCAUGCAGAUGUUUACCGCAACGACCUCCCCAACCCCGACACGCUCCCCGCAGAGCUUCACUGCUGGCGAAUCAAGUGGAAGCACAGAGGCAAAGAGGUGCGCUUGCCCACCACCAUCCACGAGACCCUGCAGCUUCCAGACGUCAAGUUCUUUCCCAACGUGAAUUCUUUCCUCAAGGUUCUCUCCACCUUGCCAGUGCUGAAGCUGGAGGACAGCACCGCUGAGACGGCCAGUGAACGGCUGCAGGCGUAUCUGGACAGCACCCUGGUGAAGCACCGGAGCAAGAGUCUGGCAGUGCUGAACGUUAAUGCUCAUGUCAAGCACGACCUGGACGUCAUGGUAGACAAAUAUUGUCGGCUGUACCCCGAGGAUGAGCCUGAAGUUGAAGCCGAGUCUGAGCCAGUCGAUGCUGUGGCGACGUAAUGACAGAGAUGGAGCCUGAUUAGUAUCAGCCAAAGGGGCAACACUGAAUAAUACACAUAAACUUUCACUUUGAAAAGCAGACCACCUUUGAUGUUUUGCCUCUUUUAAUCAGAUUAGAGUCAGUCUUUAAUUGAUUUAGACAGUGAUUUACAUGCUAUUAAAUUAACACCAUGUGUAAAGCAGAUCAUGGAUGGCAUUUGAAUACAAUUUCUCAGGUU